AUGAUCACAAGGGAUUAUGCUAUGCUUCUGUUGUGCUCCUAUUUCCUGUUGGACUACAGCUCCCAAAUCCCCCUGCAGGCUCUCCUCCAGAGCAGAACUAAGGCUGGGGUGAUGUCAGCCAGAGCAGGGACUGGAGCCAAAAAUGUGACAGCAUCUUUGGGGAAAGUGACAUCAUUAGUGAGCAGGACAAGGCUAAGGAGACAUGGGAAGUUUAGGGUCCAGCGUAUUAAAAGAGGAUGGGUGUGGAACCAGUUCUUUGUCCUGGAGGAGUACAUGGGAUCAGAACCACAGUAUGUUGGAAAGCUCCACACAGACAUGGACAAUGAAGACAACGCAGUCAAGUACACUCUGUCAGGAGAAGGAGCUGGGUCCAUCUUCACCAUUGAUCAAAUGACGGGGGAUAUACAUGCACUGGUGGGGCUUGACAGGGAGGAGAAGACCUACUACACACUGAAGGCCCAGGCUGUUAGCAUCUACACAGGGCUCCCUCUGGAGCCACAGUCUGAGUUCAUCAUCAAGGUGCAGGACAUCAACGACAACGAGCCACAAUUUCCUGAUGGUCCCUACAGUGCCAGUGUCCCUGAGAUGUCUCCAACAGGAACCUAUGUAACACAGGUGACUGCCACCGAUGCAGAUGACCCCACAUAUGGCAACAGUGCACGUAUCGUGUACAGCAUCAUUCACGGCCAGCCGUACUUCUCUGUGGACCCCAAGACAGGAAUCAUCAGGAUAGCUCUCGCUAACAUGGACCGCGAGGUGAAAGGGGAGUACCAGGUUCUUCUCCAGGCCAAGGACAUGGGAGGUCAGCUGGGGGGACUGGCCUCCACCACCACCAUCAACAUCACCCUCAGCGACGUCAACGAUAACCCACCGUGCUUCGCUAAGAGUAUUUUCCAUCUGUGGAUUCCAGAGUCGGCGUCAUUUGGCUCAGCAGUGGGUCAGAUUCAAGCUCACGAUCUGGAUGCUGGCAGCAAUGCCGAAGUGAAUUAUGUUAUUGUUCCAGGAGAUGAGGGCAACAUGUUUGACAUCGUCUCUAAUAGCCAAAUUCAAGAGGGAGUUGUUAUCUUGAAAAAGACUCUUGACUAUGAGACAAAGAAGUCAUACACCUUUACGGUCGAGGUGUCAAACACACAGCUGGACCACCGUUUCCUCCACCUGGGGCCCUUCAAGGACUCAGCGACAGUCAAGGUGAAUGUUUUGGACAUGGACGAGCCUCCGGUCUUCACCAAGGUUUCCUACUCCAUGGACGUGUACGAGGACACUCCUCCAGGAACCAUCAUUGGCUCUGUGACGGCUCAAGACCUGGAUGCUAGCAGCAGUGCUGUCAGGUAUUUCUUGGAAUGGCAGAUGGAGUCCGACUGCUGUUUUGACAUUGACACUGUUGAAGGGACCAUUUCCACUAAUGAAUACCUGGACAGAGAGACAGCUGUUCAGCACAAUAUCACUGUAACGGCAACCAAAGUCAACAACCCUCUGCUGUAUACUAAUGUGGCAGUGGCAGUCAACGUCCUGGAUGUGAACGAGUUCCCUCCCGAGCUGGCGUUUCCUUCAGAUACCUUUGUCUGUGAAAACUCCAGAGUGGGACAGGUUAUCCAGACAGUCAGCGCUGUGGACAAGGACCUUCCUCCUGUUGGGCAGAGGUUCUUCUUUAAGUCCCCUAAAGAGCUUCGCAACAGGAACUUCACAGUUCGAGAUUUUGGAAACAACACCGCUGGCAUUGUGUCUCGGCGUAAGGGCUUCCAGCAGCGGUUGCAGAAUGUGUAUGUCCUUCCUGUUGUGGUUGAAGACAGUGGAUACCCCGCCCAGAGCAGCACAGCCACCCUCACAAUUCGAGUGUGUUCCUGCGAGGGAGUAGCCUCGCUGCUGAGCUGCUCAGCUGAGGCCAUCUUUCUGCCUGUGGGUCUCAGCACUGGAGCUCUGCUGGCUAUCCUGCUCUGUGUAGCUCUGCUGAUCGUCAUGGCAGCAUUAUACUUGGGCCAGAGGCGCUACAAAGAGAAGGACACUCUGAUGACAUCAAAAGAGGACAUUCGUGAUAACGUCAUUCACUAUGACGAUGAGGGUGGCGGCGAGGCAGACACUCGUGCAUUUGACAUGAGCACUCUGCGCAACACACAUUCACAGGUCACCAGCACUCACAGCAGCAGCACCAAAAAGGAGAAAAAUGGCUACGGAGACGGGAUUCUGCUGCACCUCAGCAGCCGCAGCGAAGAUGUCAGGUCACCUGACGUCCAUCGUCAAACAGCAAGUCUAAUCAUGAACAACAAACAACGAGGGACCGAUGGCAAUGCUGAAAUGGUCAAGGAGUUCAUCCCAAAGCGGCUGGAGGAGAGUCAGCAGGGUUACGUCGCCCCACCCUAUGAUUCAUUGGCGACCUACACCUACGAGGGUGAGGGCUUGGUGGCCGGCUCGCUCAGCUCCAUAGAAGAGUCAUGGGUUAUUGACGAUUCAGGGGAUUUUAGCUCCCUUGGUGACUGGGGACAGCCAUUCAAAACAUUGGCUAGCAUCCUGGACAGACAGCCACCACCUCUGACUGAGGAGAGCUGA